AUGAUCUGUUUCUUUCCUACAGAGGUCGCCAGAGGCCAUAGGAACCGAAGCCAGAUUUCUGGGAGGUGACUCCCAGAAGGCAGCCAAGAAUGUGAGUGUAAAGGUCAAAGGCACCACAGGAAGCCAAACCAGCAUUCUACAGCCUGCCAGCAAUUUCUCAAGUGAUGUCAACUAGCCCUCCUUGCUCUCCCCUUACAAGUUCCCGGAGCCCACUUUCCCCAUUAACCAUUAUCCAUCAAGAGGUAGCUCCUCAGAGAAAAGCAUUUUCCUCAACCUCAUAUCGAUUAGUGCUACCUCCAGCGCCCAUCCUCCGGUCAGUCUCCUUUGCUCUCUCCUCUCACCCAUUCUGGGAAGAUUAUAG